AUGUCUCUUUACUGUGAAACAUACCUCAUUUUCGUUAUUCAUGAUGUUCCUGAAAGACCUUUGUUUAUCAAGAAUCAGAACUGGAGCGGUGGCAUUAUUCCCACAGUUGCUUACAUCAAUGAAUCCGCCAGUGUUCACACUGUAAUCGGUAAUCAGCUUCUUUUCACCGAUCCUGAUAUUCAUGAUUCGCAUGCAUUUACCUUGUCCUGUAUUGAUUCUACCAUUUCUUGUCCUUUUGAUAUCAAUGAUCAAGGAACUGUGUAUCUCAAGGAUUUACAGUAUUUCGAUUAUGAAGUCAAAGAGCAGUGGCCAAUUCGUGUCAGAGUUACCGAUUCUUCCAUGUUAUUUGAUGAGAUAAUGCUUUCAAUCCAUUUGCUUGAUGUGAAUGAACCUCCACAUUUCCCACAAAAUACUCUGUAUCGCAUUGGAAGCUAUCCUCCUCAACUGUACGAUUCGAUUGGCAUUCCUGUCACUGCUGUUGAUCCUGAAAAUAACAUUGUGAGUUAUUCGUUGUCAAAUUCCACUCUCUUUUCCAUUGACAAUAUUGGACAGAUUCGACUGAUUUCUUUUGCGGUAAAUCCAUGGAUGUCAUAUAAUGUCACCGUGACUGCAACAGAUUCAGAAGGACUGAUUGAUUCUACUCUUGUCAUUAUCUCGUUCAACACAGAUGAUUCUAACUCGUUUGAAGUGAAGAACCAAUCUUAUAUUGUUGCUGAGGACCAUCCUAUUAAUAUCUCACUAUCACCUGCUCUCACUGUUAUCGGGACGUUUGCUUCACCUCUUCGCUAUGAACUGUCAUCCUCUGCUUCUCCAUUCAUGAUUGAUACAGAGUCUGGAUUGCUUUAUCAUUCUCUCCCACUUGAUUAUGAAUCUACUAGUUUCUACGCCUUCCAAGUCGUUGUUACUGAUUAUUACGGUAAUCAAGCUAUCGGAAAUAUCACUAUUUCUGUUACGAAUGUUAACGAACCUCCAGCACUCUCACAGGAUUCAUGCUUGUCUUAUCGUAGUAUUAUGGAAGAGAGCGAAGAUAAUACUUUCCUCUAUCCAGAAUUUAUUGCUACGGAUCCUGAUUUCAAUGAUACUCUGACGUUCUCAGCAAGACCAAUUCACAGUUCUGAUGAUCUUCCAUUCCGAAUUCAUCCCACACUGGGAUUGAUGUAUGUGACCAAUUCGAGUUCUCUGAAGUAUCAAUAUCAUUCGUAUUAUGAUUUCUUUGUCACUGUAACGGAUUCUGGAGGCUUGAAUGAUUCUUGCUUAAUUCAUAUUGAUGUAACGAAGAGGAAUCAUCCUCCAGUACUGCAUUGGAUUCAGAAUGACAUCUUUGUCAGAGAAGAUAUUCCUCAAGGUUCACUUAUUUCAAUUCCUAUUUUCGCCACGGAUGAUGAUCAGCUAUCAUACUCAGUCACAGACAUUACAAAUACUACAGUGGAAAACUAUUCCUUCCCCUUCUCUUUUGUGGCAGACGAUAUUGUACUAUCGGUUGAAGAAAUGCUUGACUAUGAGUCUAUCUCUGAGUAUCGUUUGAUGCUUUGUGUCUUUGAUUCUGUUGCUCAGAGUAGUUGUGACAAUGUUACAAUCCAUGUCAUUGAUGUCAAUGAACCUCCGAUGUUUGAAAAUGACUCUUAUUCACUCUCGCUUCCGGAAAACACUCCUGUAGGAACUUUCAUGCUCAAUGUCACUGCCUCGGAUCCAGAAAACCACACCAUCUACUAUUCGGCAGAUAGUUCAGUCAUUUCGAUUGAUAAGUGGUCUGGACAGAUUUCUCUGAAUAUGAAGCUCGAUUAUGAGGAGACAGAGUCGUUCAAUAUUACCCUUAUUGCGAUUGAUGAAUAUGGGUUAUCUUCCUCCGCUCUUUUGAUAAUCAAUGUGAUUGAUAUCAAUGAAUCUCCAGUUUGCCUUGAUUCAAUGGGGAGUGUUGUGAAUGUGAUGGAAAACGAGCCAGUGGGAUCUGUCAUUGCUACGAUCAACGUUACCGACAUCGAAGUUCAGCACGGAAGGCAAUCACUUUCUUAUUCUCUCAUCGAUGAUGAUGUUUCACAAUUUACUGUAAACCAAUAUGGAGAAGUGAUCAUUAACGAACCUCUCAACUAUUGGAAUCAGUCCCAUUUUACACUCCAUGUCCACGUGGAGGAUAAUGGCAUUCCGGUCUUGUCUACUCAGUGUUCGAUUACUAUCCAUGUCAUCGAUGUAAAUGAUCCUCCAACUCUCCACGGUCCUUCGAUUAUUCAUGUGGCAGAAGAUAUGCCGUUGUAUAAGCCCAUUGAAACUGGACUGUGGGUAUCUGAUCCUGAUGUGGGGCAACAAUUAUUCUUUGAUAUUGAGUUGAAUGAAGUAUUUGGUAUUGACCCACUGAGUGGCAAAUUGUUCUUGAAGCAGCACUUGGAUUAUGAGACAAGAAAUAUGUAUACCAUUCAGAUCACUGUGCAUGAUAUUAGUCAGAAUCCACUCUCAGACUCGAAAAUACUUACUGUACUCGUUGAUGAUGUGAACGAACCUCCUCAAUCGUAUGAAACUGCAUUCUUUGUCUCUGAAAGUACUCCUGUGGGAAGCAUCAUAGGAUUCAUUUCGUAUCACGAUCCAGAUCAAGGAGUGAAUGGUACUGUUCAUUGCUACCAGCAAAGUCAUUUGGACCUCUUCAAAACGCACAACACCACGUGCAGAGUUUCACUUAUUUCGGAGCUUGAUUAUGAACAGGAACAAGAAUACAAUCUUCUCAUUCAGUUGAUUGAUGGAGGUGGACUCGUCGUUAGUAAUGUUAUCCGCAUUAUCGUUGUGGAUGUGAAUGAACCUCCAGUUAUAUCUGUUCCUUCGACUACCCUUUCUAUUGUGUCUGAUACGCCGAUCAACACCACUUUGGCUUAUCCCAUUACAGUUUCAGACCCAGAGAAUGACGAUGUUCUAUUAUUCCUCUCCAACUUUGUGGCUCCUCUCCCGGUUUCAUUGAUUCAUGUAACGGGAAAUCAAUAUGGAUUGAUGGUCAAUGACACUCUGACGAAUUCGUUCUCGUUCCAGCUGAAUGCACUGGAUAACCAUGAUCUGUCAAGCAGUGUUCUGAUUUCCAUUGAAGUUAUCCCUGCAACACCCAUCAACCCCAUUUAUCAUCCUGUUUCUUGCUAUGUUGCUGAGUGUUCUGACUUCCCAGCAACUCUGGAGAAUUGCACAUUAUCCAUAGAAAACAGCGACAUGUUUACGAAUGUCACAUUUAUCAAGGAAUUCAGCAUCGCAUCCAACGACUUUGCCAUUCAACCACUCACUUCCAAAACGGCAUCAGUUCAAGUCAUCGGUGAAGUGGACUAUGAAGUAAUGAAUCACUAUGUGAUUCCAAUCCUUAUUGAGGGAGUGAACUUACAAGGCAAGCUGCUUUCGAUUCAUUCCUUCUUUAUGAUUGAUGUCAUUGACGUGAACGAAGCUCCUGUUUUCGAUUCUGAGCCUACCAUUGUGUAUGUUUAUGAGAAUAGUGAAGAAGAUACGGUCUUAUAUCCAUGUCUGCGUGCUGUUGAUCCAGAUGUAUCUGACUGGAAUUAUACUAUCGUGUAUUCGAUGAGUGCCGAGAAUGAUACAAAUGAAUGGAUUGGCAUUCAAACAUAUACAGGAUGCUUGGUUGUGAAGCAAAGUGGACUUGAUUACGAAAACUCCACUCAACCCAAAUCAUUUGAUCUUCAGAUCGUGGCUACUGAUAUUCAUGGAGCGUAUUCGACACGAUUUAUACAUGUUGAGGUGUUGAAUGUGAAUGAACCUCCAUUCUUCUCGUCCUCUUCCUACUAUUUCACUCUCUUGGCGCCUGUUCCCUUGAAUACGGAAAUCGGAUAUCCAUUGCCUGUUAUGGACGAGGAUCUGAAUUCUGUGAAUACCUUCUCCAUUGAGCAGCAAUCCUGUCCCAAUGGAUUCAGUAUCGAUUCUGCUUCUGGACAAUUAAUUACUGGAUCAUCUCAGAUCCCUCAGUUUGGAAUAUCGCUCGAUCACAACGUUACUUGCAUUAUUCAUGUCAAAGUGGAGGAUGAAGGAGGCCUUUCCGAUUACACUCUCGUUUAUGUCACGAUUGUCAGUGAUGUUCGACCUCCUGAAAUACACUCUGAUUCGUUCACAGUUCAAGAAAACCCCGCUGAAAACACGAUCAUCGGCACACUUACAGCUACUUCAAUGUGUGAUUCCACGUUGCUUGGUGGAAUUGAGUUCAUGGUCCUUCCUUCUCAAUACUCCCACAUCGUGUCUGUGGAUGAAGAUCUGUUGAUUGUUAAAGAGCCAGAUUAUUUCGAUUACGAAAGUUUGACAUCUUUCAGUAUUCUUGUAUUGGCAGUGGAUAAAGCAUGCUUCAAUGUGUCGUCUAUUAAAGAAAUAGCCAUCUUUAUCAGUGAUGUCAACGAACCUCCCAUGGUUAUUAAUGCCUUCUAUCACGUCUAUCCUGGAGUUUCGUACCCAUUGAGUCUGUCUCCUUCUAUUAUCGCUGCUGAUCCAGAGGGAUCUGCUCUUCACUUUUCGCUCCUCUCUUCCAAUCCAAAUGUCACUAUCAAUGAUUCAGGAUUUGUUCAGCUGCUAGGAGAUCUCACUGCUACUAUUCCCAAUAAUCCUGAGAUUGCUCCCUCCGUCACGACUCAUCGUUUUAUCUUUACUGGAAUUGUAGCGGACAGCUCAGAUGAAGCCUUGUCUUCUCAGUUCAAUAUUACCAUUGAUGUUGAUAAGCUCCAUCAAGAAGACCAGGCUUCUCUUCCUUCGUAUUCUCUCUCUUUCAAAGAGGGAAGUGAAUCCAAUAGAAGCAUUUCAGAAGCUACUCCCGUUGGUUCGGUUGUGGGCGAGCCAUUUGAAGUUGAAACAGUCGAUGAGAAUCCAACGCUGUUUUAUCACAUUCCCAUGUGUUCUCCUUAUUGCCCAGUAUUCAUUCACUCUGUGUUUGGUUAUCUUGUUUUGAAUACUACUCUUGACUUUGAGAGUGUACCCAGCUAUCAGCUUAACGUUACUGUGACGAAUGGAGUCGUUCUGGAAUGGAUCUUAGUCACAUUGGUUGUGGAAGAUGCUGAUGACUGUGCGAUCACCUCGAUUACUCCUCAGUUACUAACGUUCUCCAGCAAUCACUUGAUAAUGAGUGGUCAAAACUUGUCUCCGAAAGGACAGGCAUUCGGAUUCUCUGGGCAGCUUAUUACAGGGGAAUCUUAUACGACCGAUUUUGAUGCUAUCUACACAGUCUUUGACGCAAUGGACGGUGUCCUUCAGACUGGAUCUCUUUCGAAUUGUAGUGUCAUUGGAAUGGAUCUGGUUGAUUGUGAGAUGCCUGCAACGAUGGGGUCCUAUGCGAGUAUUCAAGUAACAUGGAAAUCAUCCAUUCCUUCAUCGAUUCAGCAUAUCUGCUCCAUGUCUACAUCCAUCUUGCAUUAUGAAGAUCUGCAUUUAACAGACGUCAAGAAUUCCAAUGGAAUGAGUACAACCGGUGCAGUGGUUUGUUUCGUUGGAGAGAACAUGGGAAGCUCGGAGAUUUAUUCUCCAGCCCUUGGAUCGUCUCACCUUUCUGCUUCUGCUACCUUGGUAGAUUCUACAGAGAUCUCUUUGACUUCUUGUGAAUACAACUCCGAAGAAGAGAUUUGCUGCUUGCUGGAUAAUGGCUAUGGAUCAAUGAUUCACUGGAAAAUGUGCUUGUUUGGAUCUUGUUCGACGCUCGAGAAAGGUUCGUUUGCUGUCCCCGUCAUCAGUAAUGUGUCUGCUUCAGCGAAUCUCAAUUGUUUGGGAGGAGAUGAAAUCACGAUCUAUGGUUCAAACUUCGGGACAAAUAGUACUGCAUUAACCGUCCUCAUGGGAUCCGAUUCAGUCCAGUCGAAAUUAACGCACUGUGAAUUCGUUGUCCUACACUCAGUCAUCCGAUGCAGAAGUGUGGAGGGAUCGGGAGAAUCGCUUGUAUUCUCCGUUACUGUGGGAGAUCAAAGCUCGGCUCCCUUUGUUUCGUCUCUUGCAUACAGUCCCCCUGUGAUUCAAAAUGUGUAUGGAAUUGGAUCAGCCAAUGCGUUGACGAGUGGAGGACAGGUCGUCUACGUAUCGGGAUUGAAUCUGGGAGCGUAUGAUGGAGUGUCGCGCCUUCUUUAUGGAAAUAGCACCGAUUUGCCGUUUGUAACCUCUCCUUGUGAUAUGAUUCUGCCUCACACUCUUCUGAGAUGUAUCACUUCUCCAGGCAGCGGAUAUCAAGAUCGAUGGGUUGUAGAGGUGGAAAGCCAUCGUUCACAGCCUUUCAUUCAGCAAACAGGAAUCUACGGCUAUCCGGCAGUGAUCGAUGUCGAUAAGCUCCAUGUUGGAAUGCCUCCAGAAGGGGGAUUGGAGAUAACCAUCACUGGUGCGAAUUUUGGUUCUGAGGAUGCGUUGCUUCGUGUGUGGUAUGUGAAUGAGUUCGGUCAGAGUUAUCUUCCCGAAUGUUGGAUCCAUCAGAAUCACACACAGCUGAAAUGUAUCACAACUGCAGGCAUCGGAAAGAGCAUACAGUGGAAUAUUGAAGUGAAUGGACUGCUCUCCGAAAAUGUUUUCACGAUGGCUUAUGUGACUCCUACUGUUUCGAGCGUGGAGUGCAAAACUACAGGGUGUGGAAGAGUUUCUGGAAAUGAAGCUGUGGUGCUUCGUGGCACAAACUUUGCAAAUGCAACUAUCGAGGCGACGUAUGGAUUCACUGGAUCUGAGUUCAUUGCUCAGCAAUGCCAUGUUGUUUCGAAUACAAUGAUUGAAUGCUUGACUGCUGCUGGCGUGGGUCAAGAAUUGAUUUGGAAGGUAUGGAUCGGCGGACAAGAAGCAAUCGUGUCUUCUACAGCUCUUUUCAGUUAUGACGAAACGGAGAUUAGCUAUUUGGAAGGAAAGCCUAUUGCCUUGAAAGGCGGAGAUUUGGUGUUCAUUCACGUCUCCAAUGACUUCGUUGGCUGUUCGGAAUGCUCCUUCAAAAUGAUGUUCAAUGGAGUUUCAGUAGAUGCCGCCAUUCAGAAUUCGACCACUCUUGAAGCCAUUUCGCCCCCAAUCCAAUACAUCGUCAUCAAUGUCCAGGUGAUUGUUUACUAUCGUCAGUAUCUGGUGGAAACGACGAAUAUCAUCAGUCUUCCCAUUCAAAACCCUACGAUUGAGUCCACGAUGAUUCAGUCCAUCUCCAAUCUGGAUACCUAUCAACUCUCUCUUAUUGGUGAGAAUUUUGGUUUCCUGGAAUCGGUCGUCUCGGUACAUAUUAUGUCGUCAGAAGGUGAGGCGAGCAACUGCACUCUCGAUCGGGUUAGCAAUGAUUUUGUGAGCUGCAGAACGCAUUGCAGUGAUGGAAGUGUUUAUUUGGAGAGAAAUACAGUUCAGAGCAAUACCGUUGAAUUCGCCACGAAUUCUGUGAGGUUUGAUUUAUCAGGCUUUUCCACAGAUAUUGAGGGUUAUCUCAUUUAUCCACAACUCUUCAACACCACUGGAGGAGAGCAACUCACAAUUCGAGGCGAAGACUUCCCUUCUACAUUGCAAGUGACUAUUGGAAAAUCGCAGUGUCAGCGAAGCAGUUUGAACUCCACUUUCUUGAGCUGCAUUGUACCGCCUGGAGAAGGCAGACUUCUUCCUGUGAGAAUCAUUAGCAAUCAGAAAGUAUUACUCCAGAUUUUCAUGAGCUAUUAUGAGCCGUAUAUUUCCACCGUAUCUCCGUCUUCAUUACAGUUCGAUACGCAAAUACUUGAGAUUGAAGGUGUCAACUUUGGAUUGAAUCCCCUUGUCUUGGUUUCAGGAUUCAGUUUUGGUUCUCUGAAUUGUUCUGUAAAUUCGCACACUCAUACUUGGAUCCAAUGCUCUCUUGAAGCCAUUGAUGCACUUGGACUUGCGCUUCAAAUCAACGUUGCGGACCAGACGAGCAACACCGUGAUUCUCACAACCAUUCCACCCAAAAUCGAAUUGAUUGAGGUGACCAAUCUCAAUGGAAUGGAGCUGCAAGGUGUUCCCACAGAUGGCGAGGGAAUUCUGACGAUUCAUGGCGUUAAUCUUGACGCCGAUGUGACUCUGUGUCGCAUGAAUGACCAAACGUUGCAAAUUGUUUCGAGGAAUUCUACGAUCGUUCAGUGUCGAUUAAUCCCUUCGUUUGAUGCAGUCGCUGCUAUUCAAAUCCUUGCAGAUUCGCUUCACUCCAAUAUCGUUUCAAUUCCCUAUUUGUCUCCAGUGAUUGCCGCGAUUUCUCCUUCAGAAGGUAAUACGAAUGGAGGAGAGACCAUCACCAUUUAUGGAUCGAAUUUUGGCUGCAGCGAUGCAAACAAGGACUUCAUUCAAAUCCACUUUGGAAGCAGUCUAAUUCCUGUUGAUGCGAUUCAUCAUUGUUCUCAUGCAUCGAUCGAGUUCAAGUCCCCAGAAGGUCAAGGAACCGAUAUUCCAGUGUAUAUCAGUCGCUAUAACUAUUCAUCGCUACACUCCUAUUUCAAUUAUUCUGCUCCUGUUAUCCACGCUUACCAAGCUUCAGUCAUGAAUCAAGAUCAACUAGUACUGAAAACGCAAUCUUCGCUGAUGUUUGAACAGCCAGUCUUCAUUCUGGAUGGAGCGAACUUUGGAUCGCAUUCGGCAGAAGUGUUUGUCUCUGGCAAGGAUUGUGUGGUGUUGCAGCAGAGCCAUUCGCAGAUCGUUUGUAUUUCUCCCUUAUUCCUGGGAGGCACGCACGAUAUUCACGUUGUUGUUGCGGGACAAUCCAGCAACUCUGUGAAUUAUACAUUCCCCAGUCCUCAGGUCACCGCGAUUCAACCCCUCAUGGUGGAAUCCGCUGAAUCCACUUUGUAUCUGGACGUUUCCCAUCUUCCUCCUGUUUCUGGAUUGCAAAUUCAGAUUAAAGUUGGUUCCAUCGUGGUUGAUCAAUGUCAUGUUUCUCUCGCCUCAAAGGAUACAAUGCACUACAUAGAGUGCCAUUUACCAGAGCUUCCCAGAGGAGAAUGGAAAAUGAACUUGGCAAUUGCCUAUGAGGAGAUUUCCAUUCCAAAAACUUUCGAAACGCUCACUGUGGUGUGCAAAGAAAACCAAUACGCUGCGAUUGGCGAGUACUGCGUUGUCUGUCCCGAAAACACGUAUUGUCCUGCCAACUCUUCGAUUCCAGAAGCCUUACCAGGAGGAUGGGUGGUUGAAGGUGAAGAUGGCUCCCAUUCCAUCGUUGAGGAAUGCUUCUAUUCGGAUGCUUGUAUUGGAGGAAAUCUCUGCGCCCAAGGAUAUCAAGGAUUCAAGUGUUACGACUGUGCGGCAGGGUAUUCUCGCCUUGGAAAGUGGAGUUGCUCGCAAUGUCCCUCUGGAUUUAGCAAAGCAUUCCCCAUGAUUGGGUGGAUUGGCGUGUGCGUGUUGCUGUAUAUUGCCAGUGUCUGCCGAUAUUCCACUCGAUUCGUUUGGUUUACUCUGCUGAUCGAUGCCUUCCAGCUGAUUGGACUGUUGUCAGUAUUCAGAGAUCAUUUCUCAUCCAUAUUAGCCCCUCUGAUCGAUUUCUGCAGCAUGUUUGUAUUGGAAAUGGACAUGUUCCAUUUGGACUGUUAUUUCCCAUCGAUCAGUGAAAGUACUAUUUGGAUACUUGCUCUGCUCACAAUGCUGUGUUGCUUCGUUCUUGGUACAGCGACUCGCUUCCUGUUGAGUCACUCAGAAAAGAAGGAAUCCUGGAAUCGAGAAUCAGGAACACUCUUGACACACUUCACCAGUCUCUUGUAUGUCUUAUUGUUCCCGAUUCUGUACCAUUCUCUGCAGUCUCUUUCAUGCAACAACAAGUAUUACAUGCAGUCACGAGGGGUUAGUUUCUCUGGUCUAGCGAUGUGUUGGCUGGACGCAGAUUAUUCAUGGGUGCUGAUCAUGUCUGCCCUAGUUUUACUCCUGUCUGUUGGAAUGAUCUUCUAUUCGUACAGCCAGACAAAGAGAGAUUUGGCUUUCAUGGAGUCAGCUUGCUCUUCGAAGGGAGCUCAAAGCAUGAUUCUUCCAGGAAAAUCGCACAGAAUGGAACUGUUGGGAAGAGUGUUCGAGAAUCAAUCACCGAUCUGCUUCUUCAUCGCAAUGAUUCCAAAGAGCAUCGUUGUCUUCUUCUUGAUUCUUUUCCGCGAAGAAAUCCAUCUGCAGACAAUCUUCAUUCUGCUGUUCAUUCCAAUGCUGUGUGUAGCCAUCUUGUUCACCACUCCAUUCAGAAUAACGCAGAAACAAUUGAAGAAGCCAAUGGCAGAAUCUGCGGUCGAUUCAUCGAUCUCUGGAGUUGGAGAACACCUUACUCAAUCAGCAACGACCCACAAGCAUUGGUAUUUCAAUGUAAACUACCUGUUGAUUGAGGAAUUGCUGCUCUUCUUGGGUUUCUAUGCUGAUUCAAUAAUACCAACGUCUCAAUUAUCAGCAUGGAGAAUCGCUGUGGAAGUCUUUAUCAUUAUCUGUUCUUCUCUGUUCGUUAUCAGCACGAUCCUUUCGGGAAUCGGUGAGUUGGCCUUCAAGAACGCCAAUUCAUUCUUUGAUGUAAUAAGCGAGAAGAAAGCUCAGCCAAUCACAGAACAAGUCAUUCUGGCAAGAUUCCAGGACAAGAAAAUAGAGGUGAACAGCGUAACUCAGAGAUGGGAGGAAAUUCCGAAAAGAGAUGAGGAAGAACAAGAAACAGAUGAAAAGGAAGAGGAAGAGGAAGAGAGAUCUGAGGAAAUCGGAAAUGUAGAUGAAAGACACCAGAAUCAGCUUGAUGCAGCGAGACAACAGAGAAUCGUUGAAGCCAUUGAUGCAUUUGGAAAACGCUUGUCUACGGACUCGCAUGAUUAAGAACAUUGUAUGUUCUGUUUGUUGUGAUAAUAAUUUUCAAUAAUCCCUUUACUGAUAAUCUUCAAAGUCCUCGUCAUGAAAAAUUGUUUUUCUUUGCUUAUGGCCUAUUUUUUCGAUUACCGGAUUUACUUCGAAACUAGUUUUCUCUUGCCCUCUGAUCUAACAAAGGAAAGAUUACAAAAGGCAGUAGACUUAGCAAUUCAGGAUCGCUUUCGUGUUUUUCUGUGUCUGAUAGAUGAAGAACACAAGUGUGGAUACUUGUCUGAUGAAAGAACAACCCUUGAGUUGGAAGAAGUAUCUGGCAAUACAAUCAAUGAAAUUCACAACAGUGUCAUUUCCUUAUGCAGAGAUGAUACGAAAAACGGCUUUCGCUUAUUCUGGGGAAGUGAUAAGGAUAACCAGCAUUAUUUGGUAAUUCAUAGUCAUCACGGCGUAGCUGAUGGUUUUAUGAUUACCACAUUCAGUCAUUUUCUGUUCUGUGAGGUAACUGGAAAUGAAUGCAAAACGCCUCUUACGUUUUCUCUCACUCACCCUAUGGAAAAGGAAGAGAACGUCGCUUUUCCUGGCCAUUUUGACGAUAUUUCUGAGAUUGUUCCUCCUUCAACCUAUCCAAAGACAAGCAUUUCUGAAUCAGAUAAAAUGAACAAUAUUGAAAGAGUUGUAGAUGCUGCGACAACAAAACGAGCCUUGAGUCUUGGAAGAGCGUAUUCUGCUAUUGGAGGGAAUAACUGUGUUCAUGGCUUGAUUCUCUAUUCCUAUCUCCGCGCAAUCCUCUUUUCCGAGUCUUUGCCUCAGUCAGGAACAAUGAAUAUCAAUACGGUAGUCAACAUGCGACGUUAUUUGAAGUCAAUGGGAGAGGAAAGCCCUUCCAUUUGCGUCUCCUCGUUCCCUGUGAAUGUGUCAGUGGAAGGAUUGCUCACUCAUGAAGAAAACUGUGGAACGAUUCAGCGGAAAGUCAGUUCCAAUCUGAAUAAAGGACUUCCUCUUCAAAUCCUGUUAGGAAAGGUUUCUCCGUCUGUUCCUGAAGACUGCGUGGAGUUGGAGGUCUCGAAUCUCGGCGUGCAUCCUGCGAACAUCUUUACUCGCCGUUUGAUUUCUCAAGUGAUCUACAACAAGUGUGAGAGCGCUUCGAUCUCGGUUGUGGUGUGGCUAGACCAGGAAGGCUGCAUGCAUUUCUGCCUUGCCAGCGUGGAUCGUUUUGUCUCGAUGAGUCGACUGGAAUCAUUCGCCGAUGAACUUGUUCAUCAGAUUGCCGAAUUGGCCGUUGUGU